AUGGCUUCGAUGAUUGAGGGUGAUCCACACGAAGUGGAGCAUGUUGAAGAUGAUCGGUUCCGAGGUGAAGGUAAAAUCGUGGACGAACAAGAUCGCGAAGAGCAUUUCGUUAAACCCCUUUAUACCUACUACUGUCAUUGCGGACAGAUGGCAAUGAUAAGUGAUACGCUGAUUGCACGAAUGCCCUUACGUAAACGCGAUCGCGCUCGAGUGAUCGAUCCGCAACGAACCGUCGCAAAAACUUUUUGUGAUAACGGUGAUACUGUUUACGUUCGAAGACCGGAAGGCUUGGAACAACAAUACCGAAAAAAUUGUCGGAAAUGUGGCAUACCAUUGUUCUAUCAACACCCAUUUAAUUUGAAAUUUGUUUUUAUAUUUGAUGAUGCUAUCUUAUCAGCACAGCAAGUUGGUGGCCUGAAAUUGGCAAAUGAAGAGCAGCACGUUAAAAAGGUGAUAAUGACGAAACACGUUAAGAAUCAAGGCAAAGUUGGUUCGGUGACUGUUUCAACAGUCGAGGAGGCUGAAGAUGAACUCGAAGCGCGCGAAAUUGCCGAAUCGUAUACGCUGAACGCACGCAUGAUUGAAUAUCAAAUGAAACGAAAAGGCAUGAGUAAGAAUCGAGUCGCUGAAGAGCUGAUCGAUGCUGAGAAGCGACGAAAUGCGAGUAAACGAGGAACACUCUUGUGA